GCACCUCACCGCCUCAGAAAGCGCCGGAGCCACCCGCCUGCCGCUCCGCUGUUCCCAUCCCGCCGACCUCCCCCCUUCCCACCUCGCACCCGACCCCAACCCCACCACCGCUCCACCAACCCACACCACGCGGCGACCCUACUUGUCGCGCCGAUCGCUCGCUCGCUCGCUCGCCCAACCUCCUGCCGCCCCGCCCCUCGGCCCAGAUCUGGUGGACCUCGGCGUCGGCCUCGCUUGUGCGCUCCGUCCUGCGGGGAGGGCCGGCCAGGCCGGUCCAUGGUUUCCGCCGGGGCGCAGGUGGGCGUGCUCGCGGCGUGCGUGGUGCUCUUCGUCCCCAUGGGGCUCGCCGGCUGGCACCUCAGCCGCAACAAGGUGCUCUUCUUCUCCGGCGCGCUCUUCGUCUCCCUCGCCGUCGGGGUCCACCUCUCCCCGUACCUCCCCUCGCUGCCCCACCUCCUCGUCUCCUCCUUCCACCCCAUCCGCCCCGCGGCCCCGUCCUCCUCCUCCUCCGCCUCCUGCAUCUCUGUCCUGCACCGCGUGUCGUGGGCGGACGCCGAGCCCCACGGCGGGGGCCGCGCCUGGUCGUGGCCGCCCUCGCUCGCUGCCACCUGCGGCUUCGCGCGGCUGACGCGGGACGACGCCUCGACCCUGCUCAACGGCUCCUGGGUCAUGGUGGCUGGUGACUCGCAGGCGCGCCUGCUCGUGCUCGCGCUGCUGCGCCUCCUGCUCGACCCGGCCGCCGCAGCGGCCGCGGAGCCGGAGCUGUUCCGCCGCCACAGCGACUACCACGCCGCCGUGCCCGCGCGGGGCAUCUCCGUGGAUUUCAUAUGGGCGCCCUUUGAGAGCAACCUCACACGUCUGCUCCGCGAGGAUCUCCGGCUGGCGCCGCGCACCCCCGACGUGCUCGUGCUCGGAUCCGGCCUCUGGCACAUGCUCCAUGUCACGGAAGCCUCGCAAUACGGCGACGCAUUGGCGUCCAUUGCUGAUGCGGCCAACUCUCUUCGCUCGCCGCUCCCAGUGCCACCUCCACACAUGUUCUGGCUCGGCCUGCCGUGGCUUGUCAACCCUAUGCUCAACACUGAUGCCAAGAAAGAGCAUAUGAACGACACAAUGCUGAAAGCCUAUGACCGUGAGGUUGAUGAGAGGUGUAUCUUGCGCCGUGAUGGUGGCCCAUUCCGGCUGCUCGAUGUGGGAAAGCUCUCCCGGGGAUGUGAGCGGCAAUGCACAGCUGACGGGAUGCAUUACAACGACGUGGUCUAUGAUGCUGUCAUGCAUAUCAUGCUCAAUGCAUUAGUGAUUGAGUCGCAACAAAGGAUCUGACUAGUCAUAGGGGUUCUUGAAGCAGUUUUGGCAAAUUCUCUUCUAUACAUAAAGCUCGUGCUGUGUGGGAUCUCUACUAUGAUGGUUAUCCUGGGCAUAUUCUCUCUUCUUCAUUAGAUGUGCUCGUUCCUUGUUGUAUAUUCCUGUUAGCAACAUUCUGAAACUAACUAGCUAGAUGGUCAAUCUUUGUAAAGGUAGUCCAUCUGUGCCUGAAGGUCAGUUGGCCUAUGUAGCAUGUAGCCGACGGUUCAGCCGUCGUUUCGCUGCCCAUAUGUCGUUUCAUGCAUCUCUAUACAGUUUGAGUCGAUGAAUUAUCUUGCAGUUA